UUUGUGAGAAUUAGAUAAUAUACAGAGAGACCUCUUUUAUUUUAUUUUGUUUUCUCCAAUCCACUUCAUCGGCUUAUCGGAUCCGAAUCCGGACCCGAAAGCCCGAUAACCCGACGGGAAUAACACGAUGUCCGAUGCUCCGUCGUCUUCCCCGGAUGACACGGCUUCGUACUGGUGCUAUCACUGCAACAAACGCGUCCUCGUCGAAACCUUAGAUGACUUGGUCGUGUGCUGCGAAUGUAACAAAGGUUUCGUCGAGUCAAUUCAACCAGCGUACACAUCGCCGGCGCCACUGCCACCGCAGCCACUUUCCCCAGAUCUGACUGUAGAAGACUCGAGUAUUGGCUCGCAUUUCCUCCAGAUGCUCCGCUUGUUAGCCCACGCGCCUUCGCAGCGCUCUCCACCACCACACCUUGAUGUUUUAUCUUACGAUGAUGAUUUCUUCAGAUUGGAGCUCAAUCGUGGUAACGAAAUCGACGAUGACGAGGACGAAGAUGAAGAUGAACAAGAGGAGGAAGAGAAUCUAACCGUCAACGAAGAAGGAGAAGAAGAAGAAGAAGAAGAAGAAGAAGAAGAAGAAGACGAAGAGGAAGAAGAUGAUCUGAGGAGGAGAAAUCGUUUCCCUCUCACGACUACGCGAUCGAGAACCGGUCGAAACAGAAUUCUCGAUUGGGCUGAGAUUUUAAUGGGAAUUGAAGACAAUUCCAUUGAGUUCCGUAUGGAAUCAGAUCGAUAUACAGGUAAUCCGGCUGAUUACAUCGACGAUGCAGCGGGAUACGAAGCUUUGCUUCAGAACUUAGCAGAAGGCGACGGUGGUGGAAGGAGAGGCGCACCACCGGCUGCUAAAUCGGCCAUAGAAGCGUUGGAUACUUUCGAGGUUAGUUCUUCCGAAGGAGAGAUGGUCAUGGUUUGUGCUGUGUGUAAAGAUGGAAUGGUGAUGGGAGAAACUGGUAAGAAGCUACCAUGUGGGCAUUGUUACCACGGAGAUUGUAUUGUGCCAUGGUUAGGAACAAGGAACUCUUGUCCUGUCUGUAGAUUCCAGCUUGAAACUGAUGAUGCUGAGUAUGAGGAAGAGAGGAAGAAAAGAACCUCUACUACCUUGACUGAUUCUGCUGCUGCUUCUUCUUCUUCAGCUUCUCGUCUCUAAAUGUGGAGGAAGGUCUACUCUCUAUUUGUUGUCCCGUUCCUUAUGUUGUUACUCUUUCUCUUUAGAUUAAAAACUUAUUUGCUUAGUCUGUCUCAAACACUGUUUGGUUGGUUGCGUCAAAAAGAUUGAGAAAACAGAGAAACAAAAAAAAAAUCCGGCUCUAAAAGACAUUGUAUCAGUGUGUUGUUGUAUCUUUGGCCUAAACCAUCCCAAAGUGGUUUCUUUGA